ACAACUAAAUAGUAUUUUGUUUUACUCGCGCAAUAAAUUGUACAUUAUGAUUUUCAAGAACAUCUUCCAGUAUAUGUAGAAAGAGAUGUCUGUGGAGGAGAGUUUUGAGUUAUGAGGAUUAUGAAAAUUAUUUUUGUGUGAUAUGUAAGGUUUCAAACCUUAUCUCAUUGCAAUCAAAAGAUUUAAAAUGACAGGAUUUUGGAUCAUAUGAUGCUCAAACGGUGAAGAAGAGUCUGUAUGUAACGAACCACCACCGUAUCUAAUAACUUAUAAUAAGUCUUUUUUGGUCUUUCUUCUAUACCAAACUAAGUUUAAUGUAAUUAUGAGUGUGUGUGUGUGUGUGUAUUCAAUAGUCGGCAGAUUACUUUAUUGAGAAGAAGGAUUUGUAGUCUACUGGUAUGUUUUCUGUAGAUAAGAUCAGUUGUGAAGUAUAGUUUAUAUCUAAUCAUAAUUUUAAAAAAAAAACCACAUGCAACCAAUUAACGUACGAAUAAUAUGAACCAAAAAUUUAGUGGUAAUUAAGUUUUGACAAACGUGGAUUAUUAAUCCUUGACUCCUUGUAUAUGAAACAGGAAAUAUUUGUGUCUGUGUUAAAAAUCACAUUCCACCAAAGUUAAUUCAAAGCUUAAUGAAAUUAUCAAAAACUGUUUUCAUUAUUAAUUUCUUUUAGAGGGAGUUUUAAAGUUAGAUUUAUAUAAUGCACAAUAGUAUUUUCUUCUCAGCGACCGAAAUCAACCGACUAAUCCCACGAAACUUCCAGCAACCACGAUUAAGAUAGUCUAGAUAGCCAAUGAGAAUUGAACUGCGGAUUUAUUCCGCAAGACAAUACAAAUUGACUAUUUUUCUCAAAAUUCGUAUAUAUAUGAAGGGUAAAAUGAUAGUUUUGGUUGCCAUCUUAGUCACACGAAUUCAGGUUUUCAGACACUCUAGUAUAUGCAGUGCCGGCUUAAGGCCAGUGCAAAAGGUGUUUUUGCACUAAGCCCCUUUUCAAUUUGGUAAUUUUUUUAAAGAAAGUAAGGUCCUGAUUUGUAAAAAUAGCAUACAUUAAGAUCCUAAUUUUUUUUUAUUAAUAAUAAUACCAUUUUCUGGCACAAGAUCCAUAAUCUAACUGGGCUCUAUGCCGUACUUCUGCAAUGGAUGUAUGGGAAUCUUUCAAAUUAAGAUGUUGAAGAGAAAUAGCUAAUAAAUACAAUUAAAAGACACAUAAAUGCCACGUAUUAAUAAUAAGGCGGGGGCCGAAUCUAAUCAUGCGCUGGAGUUAGGUAAUAUAUAAAAGUCGUUUCAACUUUCAAGUUCAAAACAAAAAGACCACGGCCGUGAGACGACGCCAAGAAACGGCGGCAUCUCCGAAUCUUUUUCUUUCUUUUUCUUUUCAUCAAAAAUUCCGGCGAUCAUCCCUGCACAUGAGAAGAGGAGGCGAGAGAUAUAAAGGUUUGCCUCCUUACAUGGCUGAAAUAGAAGAAGAAUGCUCUGUUUCUCUUCGUCAGCUUAUGGUGAAUGAAGGACUCAUUCCAUCUCCUGAAGAUGACAAGAAACGAAGAAGCGUUAUACAUAUGCUACAAAGGAUAGUAGUGAGAUGGAUUAAGAUCGUUGCUUGGAAACGACGUCUUCCUCAGCAUCAUAUCAACGCAACCAACGCCACCAUAAUCCCUUAUGGCUCUUAUGGUCUUGGGGUUCACGGUUCUGAUUCAGACAUUGACGCUUUGUGCAUUGGUCCUUUCUUCGCCACUAUAGCUGAGGAUUUUUUCAUCGACUUGCGUGAUCUGUUGAAAACCAGAAGCGAAGUGUCAGAGGUUCAUUGUGUUAAAGAUGCUAAAGUCCCUCUCAUCCGCUUCAAGUUUGAUGGCAUCUUGGUUGAUCUUCCAUACGCUCAGCUUCGAGUCUUAUCAAUCCCAAACAAUGUAGAUGUGCUAAACCCUUUCUUUCUGAGAGACAUUAAUGAGACAAGCUGGAGAAGCUUGUCUGGAGUCCGCGCAAAUCAAUGCAUCCUUCAGAUAGUGCCGUCCGUUGAGUUGUUUCAAUCAUUGCUGCGGUGUGUCAAACUAUGGGCAAAGAGGCGUGGUGUAUACGGUAACUUGAAUGGGUUCCUUGGAGGAGUUCACAUGGCUAUUCUUGCUGCGUUUGUCUGCGGAUAUAACCCCAACGCUACGUUGAGUUCCCUUGUGGCUAGUUUCUUCAGCACGUUUGCUUAUUGGCAGUGGCCCAUGCCUGUGGUUCUCCUAAGGGAUGCCUUUGCAGCUACUGGCUCUCCUCCAGGGCUAAUGCCUAUCCAGUUGCCUUGCGGUGGACGUCAGUACUGUAACUCAAACGUAACGAGAAGCACGUAUUGCAAGAUCAUGUCAGAGUUUCACCGAGGGAAUCAUUUGAUGAAGGGCUACUUGAAACAUGGCUUUAACUGGAAUAGUUUGUUUGAGCCUUAUCCUUAUGCAACCACGUACGCUUGGUUCGUCAAGAUACACCUCUCUGCGGCUAAUGUUGAAGAUCUGAGUGAUUGGGUUGGUUGGGUUAAGUCACGUUUCCGCUCUCUUCUUAUCAAAAUAGAGGAAGUCUUUGGACUUUGUGAUCCAAACCCAACAGAGCAUUUAGAAGCCUGUGAAAAGCAGCCAAACAUUGUAUACUACUGGGGGUUACAUCUCAGAAGCAUAAAUGUUUCGGACAUUGAGCCCGUGGAAACAGACUUUCUGAAGAAUGUUAACAACAGCGGAAGCUUCCAGGGAUCAGUUGGUGGAAUCCAGUUAUCAGUUGUGCAAGCGUCUCAGCUUCCUAAGAAUGUUGAGUGUGAUACAAGUAACAGAAACAAGAAGGUGACAAGGACGUGUUGGAGAGUCCGGGAUGAUAAGCAGUGCAAGGAUAAACCGGUUUACUCAAGGCAUUUGCCCGGUUAUGUGGUUGGGUAUGAGAAGAUGAAUAAUAAUAGAGAGGCUGAGAGUACUGAUGUUAAGUGUUAGGUUGUGUUAGUGAUGAAUGGUUCUGCUGCUUCUUGUAAACACUUUUUUUUUAGUUUUAGGCUUCAAAUUGUGUGCUAAUGACUUAUAACUCUCUGAUUUGUUGUAAUUGUCUCUUGAUCAAUCUGAACUGUUUUCAAAACAA